AUGUCCUCGCGCCCACGUGACUACGACUACCUCUUCAAGCUUGUGCUUAUCGGGGAUUCCGGCGUCGGGAAAUCUUGCUUGCUGCUUCGGUUUUCGGAUGACACAUUCUCAGAGAGCUACAUCACCACCAUUGGUGUUGACUUCAGAUUUAGAACAGUCAAUGUUGAUGGGAAGGUGGUGAAGCUGCAAAUCUGGGAUACUGCCGGUCAGGAGCGCUUCAGGACAAUCACCAGUGCGUACUAUCGCGGCGCUGAUGGUAUUGUGCUUGUCUACGACGUUACAGAGGCAGAAUCACUUGCGCACGUCGACGAGUGGCUGUCAGAGGUUAACCGUUAUGCGACUGAAAAUGCCGUGAAGAUCCUCGUUGGAAACAAAAGUGAGAAAGACUGCGACCGCGCAGUGGCUACAGAUGAUGCCAAGCGCAAGGCUGAAGACCUGGGUAUAUCGUUCGUCGAAACUUCAGCAAAAAACGGCAUCAAUGUGGACUUGGCUUUCAUUACAGUCGCCAGGGAGCUUAUAGCCCUCAAGGAGGCACAGGCGGCUGCUGGGGGUUUCCAGAGCCAAACGGCAGAUGACCGACAGCGUCUUGGAGAUCACGAAUAUGUAAAUGCUGGAUUCUAUAAUGUUUAA